UUGCCCCUUGAUCAGCUCCAUGCUCUAUAGCUCUAUAGCUCUAUCCCUGUCAUCUCAUCAUCGGAUUGCAUCGGAUGGCUUCGUGACGACGACAACAGCAGCACGUGGUGUCAUGGCGAGUGGUGUUGUUAGAAGACGCCGCUAGCCGCUAGCGGCUAGCCGAGUACCCCGCGUCCGCCCGAUCGCGUGUUCCCUGACUCGAGGUGUUGACUUAAAAGCGUUCACGAUGAAGGAGGAUUCCGUGUUGAGCUUCAGGUGGCAGAGCUUCCCGACGCACAUGGUCGGCUCGCUCGAUACCUGUUACGAAAAACAGCAGUUCGUCGAUCUCUCCCUGGUGUGCAAGGACGGCACGAUCCUCAAGUGUCACAAGAUGGUCCUGGCCAACUCCAGCUCCUUCUUCCGUCGUCUGCUCCUGGCCAACGACCAUCCGCAUCCGAUGAUCGUCCUGCACGACAUCGAGGCCGACGAUCUCAAGACGCUCGUCAACUUUAUGUACUGCGGCGAGAUACAGGUGGUCCAGAGCGAGGUUAAGCGACUGCUCAAGCUCGCCGAGAUCCUCGAGGUCACCGGGCUACGGCACAUCCCGAUCUCGUUGCUGCCCGACGGCUCCAACAACAAGGAGCACUACGACGCGUCGAAGAAGACGACGGUGUCGCGAUUGCGACUGGAGGAAACCAGGAACUCGUCCGGUAGGAACGUCGCCGUCGGCUCGGAGCACGAAACGGCCACGAAAACGCAGAGUAAGCCAACUAUGCAGACGAGGCUUAUGACCAAGGCGAAUCUUUACAAAACGACAGCCAAAGUCCCUCAGGAAACGUCCAAGAAUGAGGAGAUCAACAUAAACGAGCUAUGUCAACGGCUAGAGACCAGCAACUCCGGCAUCAGUAUUAUAGACAUUAACGAGCCAAGUACAAGUAGAGGAGUGCGGAGAAUGCCGUCCCCGAUGCAGCGAAAAGAAAGAAGAAAGGAAUUACCGACGCAGCCUGAGAUCAGUUGGCAGAGUGUCCUGUCUACGAUAACGAGCAAGCCUCUAUCCUUCAAGAAAGUGCGUUGCAUCAUGGACGAAGUAGAGAUCACAGCGGGAAAGCCACCCACUUCUGUACCAGAGAAUAGACUAAAUGAGCCGCUAGACAGGAGAAAAGUUAAGAGGCACCAAUCCAGCAGUGAAGAUAACAGUUUAAAUGCGGUUUACAUAAAGGACGAAAUCGAUAUAUCUUCGGACAUGGAAGAAGACGUUGACAUGGAUCCUCUGGAAGUUGACGAAAUUGACAAUGAGAACUCGGAAAGCAGCAAGACCAUGCAACAGUUCUUUUCUCAGAUAUUGGUCCAUCCGUUAAAUAAAAACACUCAUCCACAUACGGAAUUCCCUCCUAGAAAAGAUUCAAAUGGUUAAUGUGACUAAGAUUUUUCAUAAAUCGAUAAAUAAGUGUAUAUAAAUUUCGCUCACUUAUUAAACUUUGAUAUUCAUAUACGUAACAUUCGAGGUUCCAAACUGUUUAUUAACUGCUCAUCAUUUCCUCAUUUUUGUGUUACAUCAGCUUGCUGUUUUACAAUAAAGCUGUGUAAAUCGUAACUUAUUUUAAAAUCUAGCUGUACGAUUAAUAUUAUUGUUUAAUAUGCGUCUUAUUUAUGCGACAUUUUAAUUAAUAUGUAUCAAUUAUAUAUACGCAUACAGUAGAUAUAUAGCGUAAGAAACCAUAGCAACUCGAUUGUAUAGCGGUUUCCUUGGAAGCAAACUUGACGCGUAUCCUUAUAGAUAAGUUUUUGCAAUUGUUCCUAC